CUUUAGAUUUUGUCUGAAAACUCAAAUUUGUGUGGAACAUUUCAAUGAAAAUAAGAGUUUUGUUUUUCGUCCGAUUUCUGCAGCAAAGAAUUUGGAUCACUUCUAGCUGUGUGUUAAUACACUUACACACGUUAAAAACUAGUUAUGAAAGUGGCAUUGGAUGUUAAUGAUACUUGCUGUCAGUUGUGGACUGCAUCUUUAUUUUUGAUACUUGUAGUUUAGACAACAUUAAAGAGAUAAUGUUACAAGUUAAAAUGAUAUAGUUAUACCAGUAUGAUCCCUCAUGAGGACACUUAUUCCAGUGGGAGAAUGACUUUUUUCAGUUUAGUUUAAAUCCAAGUGAUAAGCGAAACUGAAAAAGGCCCUCUGAUGCUUGAAUAAGAGUGUGCAUACAGGAUGUUAAACGGGGUGGAGUUAUAUUGGUAUUAAUUCACACCUUAAGUUGUACCAGUAUAUCUUUCCUGUGUAGAAAACGCUUUGUGUUGUGUGAUUUGUGUGUGUAGUGAGAUUUCUGCACUUUAACCUGAAGGCACAAGGAAUUGACUUUAUUAACAAGCAGAUUUUCUAACUGGUUUUACAGGGCAUUUGAACUAUAGAUAACAAAAAUGUCCUAUAGUCCUGGUCUACUUGCAGUUUUUGUACCAGUAUAACUGUCUGUUAGGGCUGUGGAUUUCUUUUUUCCCCCUUCCCCCCCAUAAAGUACAACCUCAAGUGUGGACCCAGUUAUACUGGUAUAAAUGUGCUUCUGUUGGUAUAUAAUUGGUAUAUAUUCUUCUUCCCAUAUUGGAAUAUGCUCUACGGGUAGAUGUAUAAAUUUAUACUGGUGGAACUAGGGUCACACUAGGUGUGAAUUUUUUUUUAAACUGAUUGAAUUAUACUGAUAUGGUUAAAAAGAUAUGACUCUUGUGUAUAGACAAGCCCAUAAACAUUUGUAAGAAAAAAAAUCUACGAGAGAGACUAAACUUGCCAUUCGUGGUAUUUCUAAGGCUAUACGUAUGCUACAGACUUCUGCUGGCACAGCUAUGUCGGUCAGGGCUGUGAAGAAGUGUGAUCCCGAACUGACAGAACUGCUGUUGGCAGAAGCCCCACACGUAGACAGUUACACUAGCAAAACUACGCUUUUACCACAAUAUAUUGUUUUGUUUAGAGGUUGCAGAAUAAUCUAUACGAGUAGCAGCACAGCUUGGCCAGUGUAAACUGUGUGCACACUUUGCUGGUAUAGUAUAUACUGGUGUAGCUAUACCAGCAAAGCACUCCUAGUAUAGACGUGGCCUGAGUUGAAAAGUUAAGGGAAAUAUGAGUGGGGGAAAUGAGAAUCUCGAAGGACAGGAUAGUGAAACCAGUAGUUUUGUUAAUUUAUGCAAUGUCUGUAUACACCCGCUCCUGGAGUCCAUGCAACACUCAAAGGUUUUCACAGGGUGAGGUGUUGCUGUUGCAUCUGGAUCAUGACUUUAGACUGGUGGGACUGAGUUCUGGAGACUUAGCAGCAUUGGCUUCCUAGCUUCUGGAUUAGGAAGUUGACUUUUCUCUACCUCUGUGGUAAAUUAGCUGCAAAAUGGCAGUGGGAGACCACAAAGGAUAAGAGCUCCAGUUGGUGUGCAGAAGAAGUGCAAUUCCCCUGUGGAAGAUGGCUGCCCUCCCUUUCUUCUUGUGGCUUUCUUCUUGAACCAGAAGAUUUUAUUUGGAGUUAAGAGCCAUAGUUAGUUCAUCCCAUCCAUUUGAAAUACCAAGGAAUGUGAUUAAAAAUAACUUCUGUUUUGAAUUUCAAUGCCAUUGAAGCAGAAUGAAGUAAAUUACUAAAUUGAUUGUGUUGUUUUGCCCCACAAGUGAGUUCUCUGGUGUGUGCAGCAUAAUUACGGAGGUACUUAUUUGCACUGUUGGGGCUGUUACACUCUUGAUUCCCAUCCACACUGGCAUUCCACCAGUUGAGAAUGGGACAGUGGCAGAUGAUGUGAUGGGAAGCAUUGCUUGGAGCAAGCAUGAUCCAAAUGUGACCAUCUGUGGUGUGUUACGAGCAUUUUUGUCUGUGGAGCUAUGGCAUGUUACAGAGCAUACAAAGAGGACUACAUGGUGGUUAGUAGGUCAAACUUCACUGCUUAGCCAAUUACUUGGUUUCUGGUUUCCUUGUUAGUUUUUACUCCUUAGGUAUUUUGUGGCUGCUGCCAUCCCUGGAAAGUUCAAGGAUUUUCACAUCUGAGGCCAUGUCUACACUAGCACUUAGGUCGGCAAAACUUCUGUUGCUCAGGGGUGUGGAACCCCGCCCCCCCCCGAGCGACACAGGUUUUGCUGGCAUAAGCGCUUAUGUACACAGCGCUGUGUUGGCAGGAGACACUCUGCCGCUGAGGUAGCUACCACCACUCGUUGAGCUGGUUUUAUGAUGUUGACGGGAGUGCUCUCUCCUGUCAGCAUAAAAUGGCGAGCGAUCUUACAGUGGCACAGCUAUAUUUUAAGCUUGUAAGUGUAGACGUGGCCUGAAUCUGAGGGUUUGGCUACACUUGGGAGUUACAGUGCAAUAAAGGGGGCCUGGGCGCCCUAGCUCGCUACCCGUUCGCGCUGGCAAGGCGAGUAGAGCGCUCUGUCUCCAUGGCUACAGUGCUGCUGGUCUCCACCUUGGCGAGUGGAAUAACGUUCGCUGCGCCCCCUGCUGGAGCGCCGCGGCGCCAGUGUGGACGCCCUGGUCCGUUAGUGCGCUGUGAUCAGCCUCCAGAAGUGUACCACGAUGCCUGUUGUAGCCACGCUGGUCAUCACUUUGAACUCUACUGCCCUGCCCUCAGGUGACCAACCGUUAGACCUGCCCUUUAAAUUCUCUGGGAAUUUUGAAAAUCCCCUUCCUGUUUGCUCAGCCAGGCGUGGAGUGCUCUCAGCGCAUCUUUCCAGGUGACCAUGCCUCCACGCGCCAGGCAAUCCCCAGUAUGGAGCAAUGGCGAGGUGCUGGACCUCAUCAGUGUUUGGGGGGAGGAAGCUGUCCAGUCCCAGUCGCACUCCAGCCAUAGGAAUUACGAUACCUUCGGGCAGAUAUCAAGGGCCAUGCUGGAAAGGGGCCAUGAUUGGGACACACUGCAGUGCAGGGUUAAAGUGAAGGAGCUGCGAAAUACCUACUGCAAAGGCCAAGAGGCAAACAGCCGCUCCAGUGCUGCCCCUGCGACCUGCGGUUUUUACGAAGAGCUGGAUGUGAUACUUGGGGGCGAUCCCACCUCCAUGCCGAAUAUCACCAUAGACACCUCAGAGGCCAGUGCAACAAGGCAGGAGGAGGAGCAGCAAAGUGGGAGUGAGGGUGCUGAGGCGGAGGAAUGCAGCCAGGAGCUGUUCUCAAGCCAGGAGGAAGGUAGCCAGUUGCGGCGGCCAGUGCUUGGGGAAGGACAAACACCACAGGAGGUUUCCGAUGCAACCUUGAGAUCUCAGCCGUCCGUGUUAUCAACGGCCGAGAGGCUGCAAAGAAUCAGGAAGAGGCCACGUAGAAGCGAAGAGGACAUGCUGCAUGAAGUCAUGCAGCAUUCAACCUAAUGAAAAUAAAAAGGUGCAGGAAUGGUGGGAGAGUGAAAGGAGGGUCCGCCAGCAGAAUGCGGAUCGCUGGCACCAAAGCACAGAGUGGCUGAUAAGCAUCAUGGAAAGCCAAGCGGACUCGAUCCAGGCACUCGUAGCCAUGCAGGCAGAGCGCUACCGUGCCUGCCCCUUCCCCCCCCAACCAGCCCUGAAAACUACAACCCUUACCCACUGCCCUCAAUGCCCAUCACUAUGCAGUGAAGCCAUCCUGAAGUGAAGCAUGCAUUGCACAGCACUCCAGACAGGACAUACGCAAAUCUGUGAUUGUACUGUUCCCUUCCCCACCCCACCCCAUCUCACCUCCUUGCCUUUUGUGUUUC